AUGCCUACCCUGGGCUUCCUCAAGAAGAAGCGCACAAAGGACUCCAACGGCUCGCGCGACCUCGACUCGCCCGCCUCGCCCACAAAGGACACGCACUCGCCCGUCACGCCUACCGGCUCCCGCAAGUCGGGCUCCUUCCACCUGCACAAGACCAAGACCAACGACUCCAGCACCACCGCCACCUCGGCCCACGACGCCACGACUGCUGCUCAAAUCUCCAGCUCCACCACAAACACGUCCGGUACCGGCAACUCGUCAGCCUCUACCGCCCCGGGCGCGCCUGCCGCGACCCCCAAGCCUAUAGACUCAAUGAACCCCGCCCACGCGCACCAGCAGCCGCACCAGCAGCACCAGCCGCAGCAACAACAGCACCAGCACCAUCUGCAAUCACAGCAAUACACAGCUACAAGCCCCCAGUCUAACCCCCAGCACUCGCGCAACACGCCUAGCAUACAGAAUCUCAUACACCCCAACAACACCACCACCACCCCCACCACCACCCCCUCGUCCAACACCUCGUCCGCGCACCACUCGUCCGCCAAGAAUGGCGCCGUCCAGUUCCAGACACAGCCCCUCAACCAGACCCGCGUCACAAAGGGCAAGUACUCGCUGACCGACUUCACCAUUCAGCGCACCCUCGGCACCGGCAGCUUUGGCCGCGUUCACCUCGUCCAGUCCAAGCACAACCAGCGCUUCUACGCCGUCAAGGUGCUGAAAAAGGCCCAGGUCGUCAAGAUGAAGCAGGUCGAGCACACAAAUGACGAGCGUCGCAUGCUACAGCAGGUCAAGCACCCCUUCUUGAUCACCCUCUGGGGCACCUUUCAGGACUCCAAGAACCUCUACAUGGUCAUGGACUUUGUCGAGGGCGGCGAGCUCUUCAGCUUGUUGCGAAAGUCACAGCGCUUUCCCAAUCCAGUCGCAAAGUUCUACGCCGCAGAGGUUACGCUCGCGUUAGACUACCUGCACUCGCACAACAUCAUCUACCGCGACUUGAAGCCCGAGAAUCUGCUCCUGGAUCGCCACGGCCACCUCAAGAUUACGGAUUUUGGGUUUGCCAAAGAGGUCCCCGACAUUACAUGGACCCUGUGCGGAACGCCUGACUACUUGGCACCCGAAGUCGUCGCUUCCAAAGGCUACAACAAGUCGGUCGAUUGGUGGUCACUGGGCAUCCUCAUCUUCGAAAUGCUGUGCGGCUUCACGCCCUUUUGGGACGGCGGCUCGCCCAUGAAGAUCUACGAAAACAUUCUCAAGUCGAGAGUAAAGUACCCACCUUACAUCCACCCCGACGCCCACGACCUCCUGCAAAAGCUCAUCACGCCGGAUCUGACCAAGCGACUGGGCAACUUGCACGGUGGCAGCAAGGACGUUAUGAACCACCCUUGGUUUGCCGAGGUGACUUGGGACCGGUUACAAAAGAAGGAUAUUGACGCUCCAUACGUGCCACCCGUUCGCGCCGGAGUCGGUGACGCCAGUCAAUUCGAUAAGUAUCCGGAGGAGACGGAGGCAUACGGCCAGGCAGGGGACGACCCGUGCGUGCAGAGUCCUCCUUAUACUGUAGAUCAUAUUCUGACGUGUCCGAAUAGCCACGGGCACCUGUUUCCCGACUUCUGA